UUCGUUGCUGCAAAAUGAUUCAAUAUUGGUUAAUUUUCAUCCUUAAAAUUGGUUUGCUUGUUGCUGAUGCUGCCCCAUCGAACGACUCAAAUGGAUUGGGUUACGAGCUUUUGCUGACAAAGAUGGACUAUUUAGAAUACAAAUUUCUAGAAUUGCAAGUGGAGAUUAAGGAACAAAUUGAGUCUGUGUUACUGAAGCAGGAGAAAAGUGAACGCGCUGUGCUCGAGCAAACAAGUGACAUUUUGGUGCAGCAAAAAGUGUUCGCUGAUCAUGAAGCACUGAAAAAGUCCAUUUUCGAUUUACGACCGAGAAAGCACCCUUCCGAUAACAGUGAAUUUAUUGAAUUUUUGUACAAGAAGCAUGUAGUGACAACACCAGAGUAUGUAGUGGCACCACCAGAGCAUGUAAUGACAAUACCAGCGAUCCUUUCAAUCAAAUCGUGUGAGUCAGGGACGUUCAAAAAGUCAGGAAAAUAUUUGCUAUCCCUGGCAGACGCAACUGAGUUUGAAGUUUAUUGCGAGCAAGACAUGCACGACGGUGGGUGGAUAGUGAUCCAAAAUCGGUUCGACGGAUCAGUUGAUUUUUACAGGAAUUGGACCGAGUAUAAGAAUGGUUUUGGCAGCCUUGACGGAGAGUUUUGGCUUGGGCUAGAUAAGAUCCACAAGCUAACUUCAUUUAAAACUAUGGAACUAUUGAUUUACGUGGAAGACUUCAAUGGCCAUGAAAAAUAUGCUAUUUACUCGGACUUCUCGAUUGGUACUGAAAGAGAACACUACACUUUGAAUGUAAUAAGUGGUGAACGUGGAAACCUGAAUGACUCUUUGCUUGAACAGAAUGGAAAGAAAUUUAGCACUUUUGAUGUCGACAAUGACGAAGACUCAUCUCUAAGUUGUGCUUCUGAACGCCGGGGUGCUUGGUGGUAUGACUAUUGCAGCCAUAGCAACCUGAAUGGACCUCACACAAAUGAAGAAAAGCGAGCCUCAAUGUAUUGGUAUGCAUUUUCUAAUAAGUAUCAAGGAUUAAAAAUCUCAAAAAUGAUGAUUAGAUGCACGGAAUAAGAUAAUUAAACAUUGUCAAUAAAUCCAUAAU